CUCCUCCAUGUAGUCACUGCCAGACACUGCCAGACACACGCGAACAAAACAAACACCCACAUGACCGAAGGCGUCGAGUUUGGGUGCCAAAUCCUCAAACUGCCCUGGAAGGCCUGCCCACGGACAGUUUGAUCUACACCUCUGCCUCCAACCCUGCCCCUGCUGUUCCGCACCCGCGCCUUUCUUGAUUGGUACGUUGUACACCAACAUAUGGAAUAAGCGCUGUGCCGGAUUGGUCUCGCGGGUACAGGAACAGCGCCUCGCCCCCAAGAUCAGACUGCACCUCUUCCUCUCGAAAGAUUUCCUACUUCGUCUUCAAACGAAACAACUGUCAAAGUCUGGACGGCACUCAAGCCCAACUCUCAAAAGACCGUCCCCGCACCUGCAAAACACCGGAGCGGAUCCCGAAGCCUCGAGCGUAUCUCUCCAAGCACCUGUGGCCCUUGCGACGUGCGUGCAAGGUGCGGUUCUUGAGCCGAAAGUGACGGAUGCUCCCACAUGUUUGCCUGCCUGGUUGCUUUACAUCAUCCUUCGGAAUCAAUACAUACCUGCGCCCCGACACCUACCCACUUCCUCGCCCUUGCACUUGAACACCAAUGUCUUCUUCGACCUACAGCAUACAACCAUCUCUGCUUAGCAGCAGCAACGGGAGGGACAGGACAUGGCCCGCUGUCAACCGCGAAACAGCUGACCAUACCUAUGAGCCUCCUUCGGUCCCCUUCGGUUCCAACCAUCUAUCGCCCUAUUCACAGCUCCACAAGAGCUCUGCGUCGCCAGUGUUGCAGGACGCGAGCACACCCGCAGACUCUCAAUCCGUCUUCAGCGACUUGAGCGAGCUCGAGGUCGACACCGACCCAUUCUUUGGCGUUGACUUCAGUAACGACGGGGGCACGCCAUCAUUUCUGGAAGACCCAAACUCCAGUGAACACAGCGACUCGUCCCUCCCUCAGACAUUACCUCCGAGAUCCCAGCAUGCGACUGAACUUCACAAUUACCCCUUGAGCCCAGACCCUUCAACGCCUUCCAUCCACACAACGUCCCCUAGCAGUGACAAGAAGAGCCCCAAGACCAUCAGCGAAGCAUUUUUGGAGCCUGUAUCGUCUCACGGGCUCUCGAACCCACCGAGAUCGGCCCCUUCCCACACAAACCUGGAACGGCUUGCCACAAAAACCAGCCCAGAGACUCACUCCGCUUCGUGGUCUACCGAAGACACCGCAGCCAUGGCCAGCUCGAGCCCCCGGGUCACCGUUUCCAUGUGGGGGAGGGAUCAAGAUAACUUCUAUCCCGAGAUCCCAGAGAGUCCUACGACCGUCCGGGCAGCCGGGCUUAGUACCGAUGACAACUUUGUUGAAGCCUCGUACCAAAGCUCGUCCGUCGCCCGUGACGAACAUGGAGCGCUGGUCGCGGACCCACGAACCGGUUAUAGGGGCUGGGGCCCCGAGAAUCGCUCUACCGGUGAAGCUGUCAGCAUCAAUGAGCAGGCCUCGCGCCGCAAGGUUGCAGAACGCAACGAGGAGGUUGGGAACUGGAUCGCAUCUUCCAAAGAGGGAGUCCCUCCUGAGACAACGGCGUUCCCAGAUUACUAUGACUUUGGCGGCGACUCAAUCAGCUCCAAAGAGAUUGCAAUGGGCAACGAGACCGAGAAUAAGCCACUGCCCGGCCAGACGUACUACACGGGAGAUAGCGGAGCCCUGACACAAGAAGACAUCGAUCUGAUGCGGCAACAUCGGGUCUGGGCAGACGCACCUGCGAUGUUCCACAUAAGCCAAGACGACUCAGCUCGGCAGCAGCCGGAGUCAUCAAAGGCUGCGAUGGAGAAGUUUGAGCAGAUGUGUCAGGACAACUCGUCCAUCCUUUCAAGGGCAGCGACCUGGGGCACGCGUCGCCGAAGCUUGCCGAGUAUCGCAGAUAUGGAUGGCAUCACCAGCGGCAGCUUCCUGAAAAAGCUUUCCAUCAGUCGCGAGAGAAAGCCCAGCGUGCUGUUCAAGGAGAUUCGUGGUUUUGUGCGGAAAUCUAGUACAAGCCAGUUGUUGAAGCGCAAUCGCAGUGUCCACGAAGGCGUCGGCUCCGGUGAUAGCGAGGCUUUGGACAGACGAGAGAGCCAGAAUAGCCUGGUGCCUCCUGGACGCACGGGCAGCUGGGGGAAGCAGCAAAAGAUGCCUUCCCUCAACACCGCCCUUGUCUCGAUGGCCGCGGGUGCUGCAACAAUCGGCACCAGCCAUGCACGAACCAGCUCUGUCAGCAACGCAACUUCGCCCAAGAGUCCCUUCAAUCUCGGAGUCAGGAAUACUCUCAGGCGGCCAAGGAGCAAGUCGGAACUCCCCAAGGGAACCAAAGAUGAAUCUCAUCCAAAUCUCGUGGGCAUGUGGAAGAAGAAUGGUGGCCCACCGGUCGCUCAGCUGGCGAAGCCCGCUCCAGCAGCGGACUUGGACGACGACGAGGAAGAUGAUGAUGAUGUGUUCGAGGAAGCUGGCCUCAGCACGCAGCCUAGCAACGUCAUUGACGAUAUCACGCCGAACUUCGCCGGAUUCAGGCAGCAUGCGCUGAUGAUGAACCCAAGACUAAAGGAGCAAAACACCUACCUUGCUGAUCGGAUCGCACAUCAGCAGGUCAUCCGCUACAAGGCUCUUCUGACCAACAAAGUCAAACACCUACAGCACAUCUCAUCUAACAACUGCCCAUGCGGCACUAUGUGCAUCGCCCUUGGGGGAUCGGCCAAUCUGCUCGACACAAAGGGUGACGGUCGCGGAUUGGACCCUCUGUCCACUGUCUACGAUGGAUCUGAAGGAGAUGUGACCCCACUAGAGGGGCUGGUCACAGCAGAAAGCUUCCCCCCAGAUAUCCCGAUGCCGCCGGCCAGCACACUGCCGGCUGAGUUUGAGUGCCAGCUUUGCUACCAGUCCAAAAAGUUUACCAAGCCAUCGGACUGGACGAAACAUGUCCACGAAGAUGUGCAACCGUUCUGCUGCACAUGGGACCGAUGCAGGGACCCCAAGAUCUUCAAGAGAAAAGCAGACUGGGUGCGACAUGAGAAUGAGGGCCACCGUCACCUGGAGUGGUGGACUUGCGAUGUUGAUGAUUGUAAACAUACUUGCUAUAGACGGGAUAACUUCCUCCAGCACCUCGUGCGGGAGCACAAAUUCCCGGAGCCAAAGAUGAAGACCAAGGCCGCCAUCAAGCGCGCUGGGGGACAGGACCCUACCUGGCAGAAGGUGGAGAGAUGCCAUGAAGAUACAAGAAACAGACCACAGGACGAGCCUUGCCGGUUUUGCGGCAAGUCGCUUCCCACUUGGAAGAAGCUCACUGUCCACCUGGCAAAGCACAUGGAAAACAUGACACUGCCGGUCCUCCGCCUGGUAGCUCGCAAGGAACUCGAGCCUGAUUCCAUCAUCAGUCCGGUACAAGACCCCCCACCCAGGAACUUCCCUCCUGCCCCGCCAGUCAAGACGGAAGCUCCGCUCUUCAACCACUCCCCAAAUCCCAGCCACUCGCCGAUGCAGCACCAGACGGGCGGCGUUCUGGCCUAUCCGAACCCCCAGAACUCACCUUAUGGCUACCCGUCGCAGACGACCUUUGCCAAUCCCUUCUAUGGCUCGUCGGUGCAUGACAUGGCCCAGCACGGGGCCACCAGCCUUGGGAUGCAGCAGGGAACGAUGGGCGGCAGCUUCCAGAGCCAAACGGGCUACCAGAACCUGCCCGCGACGACCGGCUCGUUUAUGGCACCAGGCGGACAAUUCAUCUCGAUCCCGCAUCACGUGGAACCGUUCCCGACCUACAUGAACAACCCCCUGGGCCUGCAAGAUGCCUCGGGCAACCAGAUCUACGACACCACGCUCGACCCUGGGCACGCCGGCGGGGGACACUACACGCCACAGGGGUCAGCAUCACCAUACUCACGGUCACCCCUUCAGGGCCAGGGUGGUUUCUACACACACCGAUGACGUAACGAACAUUUCUUUUCUCAAGUUUCAUUUCGUGAUGAUGAAUUCCCUAGAUACCCCCCCUGCCCUUUAUCACGAUGCUGCUGUGUGUUGUCCAAUUCAUGGUGAGAACCCAUCAUCUUGUACCUCGGUCGAGGGGCCCGCAACAGGCCGGAAGUACACUCUGGCCAGGAAAUGGAGGCUGCUCUUUUGCAAUGAUCAUUUGUGGGUCUUUUGGUGGAAACACGAGUGUUAUACACACCAAGGGACAUUUGGGCCAUCUCGGAAACUGGCGUUGUUUUGAUAGACUUGUCUUGAUCAUUUCUGCCGAGGCAUUUCUCCUGGCUCAUAGGGUACGUGCGUGGGACUGGAACGGCAACAGCAAUCACAUACAUGAAUACAGUAACCAUCAUCCAAAAUCGCAAGCACAUCCUUGCAGAGCAUCCUGUUGUUUGGCUCUCAUAUGCCUUGUUGGUUUUAUCCCAUGAUAAGCGGCUGCGUUGUAGGUGGCUCCCCCCUCAGAGUGCCUUAUUAUAUGAGAGGGCAUCUCACGGGCGGUUCUUGUUUGAGGUAUUCCCCCACAACACGAUGUCCCGAAGGAUCAUACUUGAGAAAGCUGCUGUCUUGCGUUGACGUUAUCCUACAUGAAGUUCACCGCGGGCCUACAAGAGGGUAGUUAUUAGUCUCAGCAGUCCACCAGGUGGGCAGGCUGGCAGGUGUCGAAGCUGUCGAGCACCCCUGGCAAGACUCGUUGGCAACGACAGGGAGCAUGCACACACAAGAAUAUGUCGAGGGGAUUGAAGCCAAUUACGUGCGGCCAUGGGUUUAGCAGAAAAAAGGGGGCGUGUGUGAGGCAGAGCCAGCAGAGACACUGAAACCGAUGGCACCUGAUGAGACCAGCCCGGCCCGCGGGGCACACAGGCACAGCAACACGGCGCCGCCAGGCUUGCCUUGAUUCUCGGCUUUUUCACCUUGGAUCCCGGGCCUUGGUAGCAAGCAAGAUAAAACGGCAUCUGCAGACCGGUAUUCUUCCUACCCAUGAUAAGGCUGAGGAAUCAAUGUGCGCAAGGCCUCGGCCAAUGUCAGUACCCACUGCCGACUGUGCCGUGUUUAUGCACACACAGUCUCGAGUUAGAGUUGUUCGGUUCAGACCAGCAGACCAGUCAGUUGGCCGGGUCUUGUGCAUGGCCGCAACCUGUUCGUGCCGACGGGAUGGAUUGGGCCCCGGGCGCGGGACGAGAUUGUACCAACGGGUGCGAUCAGUAGUCCAAGUCCCGAAAGCAGGCCGCGCCACGGCAGGGGUCCUUCGAAGAUGAGAUGAUGGCCUGCGCCGAUAAUGAUAGCUGUAUGGCCUGCCCUGCCUGCCUGCUCCAGGCCCCUCUAAUCCUCAUUGGGGGCGUCAGGGCGUCAGGGCGUCAGGGUGCUGGGUGCCAGGCCCCCCCCAGCUGUCCAUACUUUCAACGCAAUCUGUACCAUGACGGGACAGACGAAGGCGAAACCCCAUCCGCAUGAACAUGCAAAUUGGGCUCGACUCUGGCUGGGGCAGUGGUGGGGGUCUAUAUACUGUGCAUGCAAUGAUGCAUUGCCCGCCAGCCUGCUCGGAACCAUGCCGUUGCUUUUGAGUUGCGGCACAGCCUCCCAACUGCGCGGCACAGCGAGUGAACCCGAAUUCCUGUCUCAGACAGGACCCCUGCGAGGAGGCUUCUCGAAGGUUUGUUAGAAGGAACCAGGCAGGCUGGCGUGCUGGCGUGUUUUUCGGGUAAAACAGUGAGUGAGGCGAUGGAUGGGUGGCUGCGAGGUCGUCGUCAGUUUGCUGCGACGUGCCGAGCCUUUUCUUUUCAAUUCUGGCUGCGCAUCGGUGGGCACUGGGCAGUGCUCCGCUGCCCACGGGCAGGGACCGACAAGGAUUGAUUGAUUUAUUGAUUGAUUGAUUAUCUGUUGACGUGUGUGUGUCUUGAUCUCCACGAUGAUCGCCCCGGGGCCUGUUGCUAUAUGCUACAAUGGGUCACUAUCUAAAGGGGGUGGCUCACUGGGGAUACGGAGUACAACCAACUGUGGAGGAUCACUUACUGCAUCAGUCAAGCAGCAAGCCAGCCAGCCAGCCCAGCCAGCCAGCCAGCAGCAGGGCCAAAAGAAGAAGCACACAAGCAGAACAAGAUGGACGCCCCGUUGCGCGGGUGGCAGGCUAGGCAGGGUAAUUACUCCGUGGCGACGUAGCGACGCCUUGAC